GAUUAGAUGUCAUAACACUGAAUGAUAAAGCCUUACCUGUAAGUAAAGUGCCAGAGUCCUCCAUCCAUUCUGAGGGACACAGGCAACAGCACAGGGCAUCAUGAGUGUGGAAAAGAAGACGGCACAAGAGCCUUGCUGCUCCAAAUUAAAGAUGUUUUUGGCUGCCAUGUCUUUUGUGUACUUUGCCAAAGCAUUUCAGGGCAGCUACAUGAAGAGCUCUAUCACACAGAUUGAGAGACGUUUUGACAUUCCCAGCUCACUGAUUGGAAUCAUUGAUGGAAGUUUUGAAAUUGGUAAUCUGUUUGUAAUAGCUUUUGUGAGUUACUUUGGUGCUAAGCUUCAUAGACCACGACUCAUAGGAGCUGGAUGUUUAAUCAUGGCCAUGGGAUCCUUCAUAACUGCGGCACCACAUUUAUUCCAAGGACCGUACAGAUAUGAAACAACAGUGUCACAUUUCUCUGCCUCUAAUGGUACAGAGAGUAUUCUACCAUGCUUAACCAAUGGGAGUCUUGCACAAGAUGAAAUUCCCACAGUGGAAAUUCAAGCAGAAUGUGAGAGAGCGGCCAGUUCCUCCUUGUGGCUCUAUGUGUUUCUUGGGAACAUGCUUCGUGGAGUAGGAGAGACACCCGUCAUGCCUCUUGGGUUGUCUUAUCUGGAUGAUUUUUCAAGGGAGGAAAACACUGCUCUUUACAUGGCUAUCAUACAGACUGUGGGAAUAAUGGGGCCCAUGUUUGGAUUCAUGUUAGGAUCUUUCUGUGCCAAGCUCUACGUGGACAUAGGAGCAGUAGACUUAGAUACCAUCACUAUCAACCACAAAGACUCACGUUGGGUUGGUGCCUGGUGGCUGGGCUUUUUGUUAACUGGUGGAGUGAUGCUACUGGCUGGAAUUCCCUUUUGGUUCCUUCCCAAGUCUCUUCCUAAGCAGGGUGAGACUGAAACUGAGAAAAAAUCGAAUGAGGGCGAGCAGGACCAUUUCAUUCCCGACAACAACAAACACAGCAAUGCUCCUGACAAACCAGCUACAGUUUCCAUGGCAGCUCUGGCUAAAGAUUUUCUACCAUCACUGAAAAAACUCUUCAGCAACACAAUUUACCUGCUCCUUCUAUGCACUGCAUUUGUGCAAGUCAAUGGUUUUAUAGGAAUGAUCACAUUUAAGCCAAAGUUUAUGGAGCAAAUUUAUGGCCAGUCAGCAUCGAAGGCCAUAUUUUUGAUAGGCACUAUGAAUCUACCAGCUGUGGCUUUGGGAAUUGUCACUGGUGGGUUUAUAAUGAAGAAGUUCAAACUGAAUGUUCUCGGGGCAACUAAGAUCUGCAUUGGAACAUCUAUUCUGGCUUUCUUCACGAUGCUUAUUCAGUAUUUCCUGCAGUGUGACAACACACAAGUGCCUGGGCUUACAGUGUCAUAUCAAGGGGUUCCACAGGUGUCCUAUCAGCAGAAUACACUCAUUUCUCAAUGUAACAUGGGUUGCUCCUGCUCUCUUAAACAUUGGGAUCCCAUAUGUGCCAGCAAUGGCUUGACCUAUGCCUCCCCCUGCCUUGCUGGCUGCCAAAGCUCCACUGGUGAUGGCAAGAAUAUGGUAUUCCACAACUGCACCUGUAUUGGAGAUUCGCCUCUCCCAUAUGCAAACAUGUCAGCAGUGCUGGGCCAGUGCCCUCGCAAGAGUGAUUGUGACUACAUGUUUAAGUUCUACAUGGCGGUGACAGUCAUUGGUGCCUUUCUCUCAGCUUGUGGGGCCACACCAGGUUAUAUUAUUGUGCUCAGAUCCAUAAAUCCAGAACUAAAGUCUUUUGCUCUUGGUUUUUAUAUGUUGAUUGUUCGGACUCUGGGUGGCAUUCCCCCUCCAGUUUAUUUUGGAGCCUUGAUUGACAGGACCUGUCUGAAAUGGGGCACAAAACAAUGCGGAGGGAGAGGAGCGUGUCGUAUCUAUGAUUCUGGUGCCUUCAGAAACUCUUUCUUGGGUCUUAUUUAUGGCCUGUAUUCCUUAUCCUACGUAUUGUGGGGAGUCGUGUACAUUAGACUGUCUCAUCGCGAAAAGAAGCUUGCACUAAAGAACCAAUUAAAAGCUCUAGAACAGGAUGGCAAUGGUGUUUCUGCUGGCAAUGGGAAUGUAUCUUCAGCUAUUGUAAAAUGCAGCGAAAACCCAGUCCAGGAGACCACUAUCUGAAGUUAUACUUCCAAAUUCAAAUCUGUGUAUUGCACCAAAAAGUGUUUCAGGAGAUUUCCAUAUCCAUGUAAAAUGUAAAGACUUUGGCCAUGAAAUUGUGUUAAUUUGUACAUUUAUUGAUUAGAUGCUGUUAUUUUCUGGAUCUAAUACAAAUAUUUGUAUUUGUUAUUAUUUACUGUGUGUUAUUUACACAUUUAAAGAACAACAUUUAAGUAGUAUCAGAACUAGAGAGUAAUAUAUUAUACUCAAAUAAAACAUGGUAUGGAUUAUGUGGUUCAUCAGACCAUAACAUUGUUACAUAGAAUUAUCUGUUUUCAUAUCAGGACAUUGUAAGCUCACUGUUUCAUAGGAGUUUCUUGUCAUGUCACGAUGAAAUACAUUGAGGUCACAUAUAUUGUCACACUUUGUCAUUUUUAUAUGUAUAUAUAUAUGUUGUUUUGUAAAACCUGCUCAAUUUCUGGAUGGAACUGUAUGCAACUGAAAGUAAUGGACAGUAUGUAAAGUACAUAGAACAUUGUGUUUGCCAAAAUUACUUAUGAACUGUGAUUGUGUACUUUAUAAUACUUAAAAACACUUAUGAAGUAAACAUGAAGUAAAAUAGUAGUAAAAACUUUCUUUUAAUUAGUAAUAUCAGCCAAUUUGCAUGAACAUACCAUUACUUUUUAUAAAAAUGUAAUCAUUCAUUUUGCUAAAUUUUGUUGAAAUAAAUAAAAUAAAUAAAUAAUGACUUUCAAGUGUUUUACAUGUAGAGUAAUAGAA